CUACGAGACAUCACCUUUCCUCCUUUUUUCUUUCAAAAUUUGUUGAUUGAAGUUAUCUCUCUUUGACUUUCACUACAUUUUUUCGUACUGACUUUGCACCUUUUUGUUGCAUCCGUUCCCUACUAAAAUACUACGAAAGAUAGUUUUAUUCCCUACAAAUGACUACAAAAGUCACUAGAAAAGCCAUCGAAAAGAUGAAUCAACGUGUAAAGGACGGUGAUCCCGAAGCAAAGAAGUAUAUUAUCAUAGACAACAAAUUGUACGAUGUGACAGAGUUUUUGGUGGAUCACCCCGGUGGACAGGAUGUUCUACUAACGCACAUUGGCAAAGACGCAUCAGAUGUAUUCCAUGCUAUGCACCCGAAUUCAGCCUACGAAACUUUGGCUAAUUGCUAUGUUGGCGAUGUAGAGGAGACGGAGAAGCAAAAUGAUGAGAUGGAAAACGACACUAAAGCAAAAAAUUCAGCUAGCUUUGCGGCUGAGAUGCGUGAAUUGCGAGAUAAGCUUCAAAGCGAAGGUUAUUUCAAAUCCAGCAAAGUGUAUUACGCCUACAAAGUCUUAUCCACUCUUGCUAUUUGUGCUGCUGGCUUGACGCUGUUAUAUUUGUAUGGUCGCACUUCAACGCUGGCAGUGAUAGGCUCAGCAUUUAUCAUUGGUAUCUUCUGGCAACAAUGUGGAUGGUUAGCCCAUGAUUUUGGCCACCAUCAAUGUUGUGAAGACAGAUCAAUUAACGAUAUCAUUUUGAUUUUCCUCGGAAACUUUUGUCAAGGAUUUUCAUUAUCCUGGUGGAAAAACAAACACAACACCCAUCAUGCCAGCACGAAUAUUCAUGGACAAGAUCCAGAUAUAGACACGGCGCCUGUGCUGUUAUGGGAUGAAUUUGCUUCAGCCGCUUAUUACGGAUCGUUGGACAGUGAGCCCAAUUUUUUGUCGCGUUUUAUAGCAGAGAGCGUAUUACCAUAUCAAACACGUUAUUAUUUCUUCGUGCUUGGAUUUGCCCGUCUAUCAUGGGCUAUCCAAUCUCUGAUUUACUCAUUCAACCAAGGUGCACUCAAUAAGUCAACCAAAUUAAAUAUGUACGAACGAUUCUGCCUAGUCUCUCAUUGGAUUUUAUUCACAUAUUGCACAUAUGCAUGGAUCGGCGGUUUUCACAAUAUGAUCCUAUUCUUUUUGAUUAGCCAAGCUACAACAGGUUACACCUUAGCGUUGGUUUUUGCCCUUAAUCACAAUGGCAUGCCUGUUAUCACAGAGGAGAAGGCAGAAAAGAUGGAAUUUUUUGAAAUCCAAGUUGUAACCGGUCGGGACGUGUCGAUGAAUACCCUUGGAGAUUGGUUUAUGGGCGGUUUAAAUUACCAGAUUGAACACCACCUCUUUCCUGAUAUGCCACGCCAUAAUCUCCCUAAGGUCAAGCCGAUCGUUAAAUCUUUAUGUAAGAAGUAUGAUAUUUAUUAUCAUGAUACCAGCUUCAUAAGAGGAACAUUGGAGGUUUUGAAAGCAUUAGAUAUUACAGCAAACUUAUCAUUACAACUGAGUAAAAAGGCAUUUUAGAACCCAUACAAUGAUUAUCAAUAUAGAUACUUUUUUUUUCAUAUCAGCAGUAUGCUGGUUCUGUUUUUUGUAUAAUAAAAUAAUCAUCUCUUCGUUGACG